AUGCCAAGGAAGCCUCAGCCCGCAUGGAAACAGGAGUCAAAAAAGAGCGGCUUGUCUCCAAAAGAGCUGCAAUGGGAAGAGAAGAAGAGGAUAGAGACUCUGCAGGCGAAUGUUGAGUUUCGUCAGAAGAGAUCACAGCGUGGGAAAGAACAGGAGGAGAUGCUCCCAGAAGAAGUCUUUGAAUGGUUCGACCGCACUCGUGUUGCGUAUCUGUUUGCUAUGGAGCAAAGUAAAACCAAGAAGAGGAAUUCCGAGGAAGAAGAAAUUUCUCAGUUGCAGAGAAGUUUUGUAUCGCAAAAGUUUGAACGGAGAGGGCAGGCCAUUGUCAGCAUCUUCCAGCACAUCUUUUCUUCCAACCGUGAGAAGAACGAUCCUGAAAUCCAACAGUGCAAAGAGUCCUUAACACGGUUGCUGAACAUCGAGCUCAAGGAACCGAAUGCAGAGGAGGCUAUCAUGCCCCCUCUUCGUACUCUAGUUGUGGGGAAUGGAGGAGGAUCUGAGCCAGCAGCUCUCCUUUGGAUCUCCAAACUUUUUAUGAGCAGUCGCACAAUGUUUUGUACAAUCUUGGAUACAGACGGCACGAAGCGAUGGAGAAAGGUUUUGCCGCAGCUCAAGAGUUUGCUUGAGGGAGCGAAACUCAUGCCUGCAGUUUUGAAAGAGCUGUCUUUGAAAGAUGAUGACAUGAGAUGUAGCAAAGACGCUCUCACGAGCAAAGCUGACAUCAUGGACAACAUCGAGAACAUUGUAAAUUCUGUACAGAGCAACAGUGAAGAUCAGGAGAACUUGACUCAGAACGUUUCGAAUGAAGAAACGAACGAGAAGCACCAAGACGAGGCGGAUUGUCAGCAGGUUUUGAAGUACUCCGACAUGCAGUUCAAAUUCGAAGACUGGAAGGGUCCCAAUAUGAAGGGUUGGGAAGCUGUCUUCGGCGAAGAUGUCGAUCCUCCCAGCCUUGUGAUCUUCAGCUACUGUGUGUUCGAGGCUCAGGAGAAGGAUAGGAACGCAGGAUACGCAUUCUAUCAAGACAUCAUUAGUCAGCUCAAGGUUGGGAGCGUCGUGGUGAUAGUAGACGUUCUACACAGAUCGAAAGUUUACCUGGAUGAGCUUUAUGAAGCUCUAGCAGCUCGAAUUGAGGCAGACAGGCCAAAGGAAAACACAAACAUCUCUCUUGAUGGUGCGCUUUCUGCAAGCUACAUCGAGCUGCAAGCUCUGCUGUUGGAAGGGGGACCAAGUCAUGCCGCGAUUGAGCGACAGUUUCGCAAAUGUUCGCUCAGGGUGCACCCGGACAAACAUGCGGAUCGAUUUGAAGAGGCUCAAAGGGCCUUCAACAGUCUGCAAGAGGCCAAAGAGGCUCUGAUACGAGGACAUGAGCUAGUCAAGCAGGACGAUGGCAGUGUUCUCAUUGCUCCCCUUGCUGUUCACUCUGGAAACGCUGAAGGAAAGUCUCUUGCUCACUCGAAGGGGCUUCUACUUCGCUUCGACAUCCCAGCCUCGGAAGCGAUCAAGGCGGAGGUGAUGGUGUUAGUGAAGGGACCGCUGGAAGUCUACGCUACGUCAACUUCGCGCAGCUCUAGAGGCCAUGCGAGUAAAGAAGUAUGA